AUGCAGCUGCCAGAGAUAUCAGCAGAGCUCAUCGAUCACAUUUUUGCCGCUCUCUUGGACUUGAUAGGUCCGAAGAAGACCUUGCGCCUACGUGUAGUAAAUCAAUUUUUCAACGAUACGAUCGUACGCGCUGUGACAGACAGCUAUGUCAGAUAUCGAAAUGGGCCUUUCCAUUAUUGGCUCGAUAAAUGGAUCAAGCCCCCCAAAGAGAGGAGUUGGAGCCAGUAUCGCAGAGUGUCGCCGCCAAUGAUGUGUCGUUUUAUCGAGGCCCAGAUGAAAUCUGACUUCGUUCAACUUCCGCUUUUAGCCCUGAGGGACGUACUGCAAACAUUGGAUGAGUUGUCUCCUGUCUCAGAGCCGGAACGGAAGAAGCGGGCUCGCCAGAUUUACCAAGCUGCGGCUGACUACCUGGAUUGGGAUCGGGACCACAAGUUCGCACUGAGCUGGCCCGGUAAUAACCCGCGGAUAGAGUCUUCAGACGUGGAUGAGAAGAGACAGAUCUUGUUUGGAGCUGCUGUUGUUUCUGGCAAUAUAUCGACUGUUCGAAAUCUGCUCGAAGACGCCCCCGUUGAUGUCAACUACGAGAGCCCAUAUCUCGGAAGACCGCUACAAUUAGCAGCUCGCUGGGGUCAUAUUGUGAUACUGGAGCUUCUUCUUGUUCACGGGGCGGAUCCCGUAGCAAUGCAAGUGCAAACGAAUCAGCUCCACCCCGCGGACCACUAUCAGAGUCGAUCCUGGGGGAUGUACUACAGUUCCCACGGUAGCGCGCUUCAAGUAGCCUGUCUUGCUAGGCAUGUUAGUAUUGUGCGUACUCUACUCCGACCCCAAAACGCGCUACCAUCGGAGCACUGCCGUUCCGCACUCUGUUCAGCGAGUCGGGGUGGACAUGUUCAGGUCAUUCAAGCUUUACUAGAGGCACUUCCCGACCUUGACGCGGCAUGGAAACACCACACUCUUUUAACAGCCUGUAGACAGGGCAGUUUGGAAGUAGCGAAGAUGAUGAUUAGGUUGGGGGUACCGCCGCAUUUCAUAUCGACGAGGUACGGGUGUCGUCCACACACUGCCCUUCGGGUCGCAGCCAUGCGGGGGCACGCGAACAUUGUGCGCCUUCUUAUCGAAAACCUGCCGGAUAUAUGUAACGAUCGCCAGGCAUUGUUAGAAAUGAUAAAAAUCCCCAUGGAUCUUGCCGUGCGAUAUGGACAUCUUGAAUGUGUCGAUGCACUCUUCAAUCUGGGCGGCUUCAAUACAAAUUACUAUUGGGCCCACCGUUUGAUAACGGGCGCUAUACCGCACCUUGCCUUGGUCCGGUUACUUGUACGUCUUGGAAUCGACUUGGAUCAGAUCGGCCCUGGGAAGGACAUCACCCUUGGCCAAGAUGCACUGCUGGAUGCGGUUGAGAGGGACCGCGAACCAGUAGUCAGGGUACUGCUAGAGCUGGGAGUGCCGCCAAAUAGUCCCAACCAGCUAACCCAUCCGGUGCUACGUGCUAAAGUCUAUGACAAUGGUGACGUCCUGAAGACACUCUUAGAAUUCGGCGGAGAUGAUAUCGAUGUGUUAGGCAGUGUCUACACGGCCGACUUCAAGUUUGAGGCUGGUAGAGAACCGUAUCCGCGAAGGAUUGGAGACCGUAGUCGUGGAGAUGAUUACCCCAAGGGAUGGCGUGGAAGGGAUUUCUAA